GGUGGGAAGGGGGAGUCUUAGGGCGGCGGACUGAUGGUGGAGGCCACCGAACGAGCUGUCGGGAACCGUCUUUGCAUAGCCAGCAUCCUGUAUUGACGUAGGGAGACUGUGUGUUUGGGGCGGCGGCGAGAUUGGGGUCCCCAGGCACGGCGUCCGGCGAUGGAGCUGCAACCACCGGAUGGGCGGACCCCAGGCCCGCGCCCCCCGAGCGCUCACAUCCUGGUGCACAGCGCCCCCCAGUGGGAUACGGGGAUCUGGCCACGCCGUGCGCUCCUACGCCAGCCGGGUCCUCGGACAAAGGGCGCGAGUUCCGGGGACCCGAGCCCAUUGCGCCGCGGACCGAGCCGGACCGGGAGGCUCCUGCCCUCGGCGGCUUCCCAGCGUCAGUCAAGGAGGCGCGGAGCAGGUCCUUACGGCCCCGACGUGCGCACUGGUGAUUGGGGCGCGGGCGGGGCUCCCGGAGGUGGGGACCCGGGGGCGGGGCGCCACCAAGCCGCAGGCAGGUGCACAGUCUCGCUGGAAUCGCCGGGUCGCACACUCCAUCCCGAGAUGACGGCGAGCAAGCGGGUGGCUAAGGAGCUGGAGGAGCUGCAGGAGAAGCUUCCACGGUACCUGCAGAACCUGGACAGCGAUGACGCCAACGUCCUGGUGUGGCGUGUACUCUUCCUGCCCGAGAAGCCGCCCUACAACCUCAAGGCCUUCAACCUGUGCAUCAGCUUCCCCGGGGACUACCCACUAAAGCCCCCCACGGUGACGUUCACAACCAAGAUCUACCACCCCAACGUGGACAGUGACGGCCAGGUUUGCCUGCCCAUCAUCAGCAAGAACAACUGGGAGCCGCACUACAGGACCUACCAAGUCUUGGAUGCCCUCAGCAAGCUGGUGAAUAGUCCGGAUCUGGAGCAGCCCGUGCGUGUGGAGCUUGCUGACCUACUGACACAGGACCCGGAGCUGUUCUACAAGAAGGCGGAAGAGUUCACCCUCCAGUAUGGAGAGAACCGGCCCUCCUAACUCUGAUUCUGCCCCUCUGCACCGGACCCUCUCUGUGUGAUGGACAGAUACACCUCAUGAACUGGGGACUAGAGCUCCUUGGUGGCCCAUUCCCUGAUCUUUUUUCCUUUUUUUUUUUCCUUCUCAGGUUUGUUAGUUGUGUGUGUGUGUGGUGUGUGUGGACCUACUUCCAGGUUCACCUGGCCACAGGUGUGCUUUCUCACUCCCUUUCUCUGCCCCAGACCCAGGCAGUUUAGGUUUGCAGAGUCACAGGCCAGCUCUCCAGCGCUCUGUCAUGGGGAUCCUGGUCUCACUAGCUGCUCCAUGUUAGAGACCCAGGUCACCUUCCAGGCCAGCUCACAGAAAUGAGGCCAGGAGCAACCGGAAUGUCCUGGAACCCAGGCAUGGAGGCAGAGGUGGGCGGUGGGGGUGGGAGGCAGGGCACAGGGAGGGAGUCACGAUUGGGUGAUUGAAAUCAGCCAAGCUGCUGAUAGAUGUGUAUCAAUUUAGGUGCGAAAUCUCUCUUUUCUACUAGUGAAUCACUAAGUGACGAAUCUGAUCUCCAUUCUGGGAAUCUCACUCCAUGGUUUCAAGACCACCUACAGUCCCAUUAGGUUGCGUCUUCCUGGGGGCCAGGCUUCAGGCUGGGAGGAGUGUCCUCGCAGCUUCUAGUCCAUGGGGAGUCAUGGAAAUCAUGUGUUUGUCCAGCCAUUAAAGUCACAGAUGAAUCGUGGA